AUGAAUAUAGACAAAGCGAAUCAAGACAAAGUGAAUCUAGACGAAGUGAAUCUAAACAAAGCGAAUGAACACAAAGUGAAUCAAGACGAGGUGAAUCAAGACAAAGGAAAUCAAGACAACAAAGUGAAUCAAGACGAAGCGACUCAAGACAAAGUGAAUCUAGACAAAGCGAAUAAAAAACUGAAUAUAGACAAAGUGAAUCAAGACGAAGUGAAUCUAGACAAAGCGAAUCAAGACAAAGUGAAUCAAGACGAAGUGAAUCUAGACAAAAGCGAAUCAAGACAAAGCGAAUCAAGACAAAUGAAUCAAGACAAAGUGAAUCUAGACAAAGCGAAUCAAAACAAAGUGAAUAUAGACAAAGCGAAUCAAGACAAAGUGAAUCAAGACAAAGUGAAUCAAGACGAAGUGACUCAAGACAAAGUGAAUCAAGACAAAGUGAAUCUAGACAAAGUGAAUCAAAACAAAGUGAAUAUAGACAAAGCGAAUCAAGACAAAGUGAAUCAAGACGAAGUGACUCAAGACAAAGUGAAUAAAGACAAAGUGAAUCUAGAAAAAGCGAAUCAAAACAAAGUGAAUAUAGACAAAGCGAAUCAAGACAAAGUGAAUCAAGACAAAGUGAAUCAAGACAAAGUGAAUCAAGACGAAGUGACUCAAGAUAGAGUGAAUCUAGACAAAGUGAAUCAAGACGAAAUGAAUCAAGACGAAGUGAAUCAAGACAAAGUGAAUAAAGACAAAGCGAAUAAAAAAGUGAAUAUAGACAAAGUGAAUCAAGACGAUGUGAAUCUAGACAAAGCGAAUCAAGACAAAGUGAAUCAAGACGAAGUGAAUCUAGACAAAAGCGAAUCAAGGCAAAGUGAAUCAAGACAAAGUGAAUAUAGACAAAGCGAAUCAAAUUAA